AUGCUAACUCGACCAGCUGCUUUAAGAUUGUUACCGAGCAGUAAAUUCUGUAGGUACAUUUCAGAUAUACCUGACAAUGCACCUGGUGCCAUUGAUAAUGAGAUAUGGUUACAGGAGUUGGCUAAUGGCAGAAAGAAAAGUAAGAGGACUCCAAGCGUUAGUCAAACCGAAGACCUUUCUAUUAAACACGACAAGAAAGCAGUAGCUACGAAGUCUAGAGGUUUACAGAGUAAGAUCAAAUAUGAAGUUAUAUCGACCCCACCUGAUACUCCAUUCAUAGAGAUCAAAUCACCAUUAUCUAAUUUUACAAAGAUGUCAUACUUGCAAAAGAAUAAGAAUGUAAGAGUCCAACAAUCUAACUUUGUCGACCUUAGGAUCAUCAAGUGCCGAUCAGGUAAUGGUGGUGAUGGUUGUGUUUCAUUUUUCAGAGAUAGAGGCCGAGCUAUUGGCCCUCCUGAUGGAGGGGAUGGUGGGGAAGGCGGUUCAGUAUACAUUCAAGCCAUUGAAGGAAUAAACAGUUUAUCAAAAUUGAAGACCACAUAUAUAGCUGAUAAUGGCCUGAACGGAACUUCAGAUCAAGCUGAUGGAGCCAAAGGAAAAGAUGUCAUGAUAACAGUCCCAGUUGGGACUGUGGUGACAUGGUGUUUGGACCCCAAGAUAGUAAGAGAAUACGUGGACCAGAAAAUAAAAGAGAACAAGGGAGGAUCACUCAGAGACAUCCUAGAGACAUCAAAAAUCCGUUUAAAUUGUACGGGAAGAUUUUCGAUUGAUCAAAAGCCUUCACAUAUUCAGUUGUUUAGAAAAUCAUAUGAAGCAGGAAAAGGUUGGAUAUUCAAAGGAAAAGAUGAAGAGUACCACUUAUCAAAGGAUUGGUUUCAAGACCUUGCCAAAAAUGUCACCGAGUAUGAUAUGGAUCUCGAGCAAUCAGAACUCGAAACAGAUAGAUUCCCAUUAUUAGGUUUGGAUUUGAGUAAACCCACAGAUAAGCCUAUAUGUUUACUCAAAGGUGGAAAAGGGGGUUUGGGUAACAUGCAUUUUCUCACCAACUUGAUACGUAAUCCAAGGUUCUCUAAGGAGGGUAGGAGUGGACUAGAGCAAUACUUUAUGUUUGAGUUAAAGAGUAUUGCUGAUUUAGGUCUUGUCGGUUUACCCAACGCCGGGAAAUCUACGAUUUUGAAUAGAAUAUCUAAUGCAACCCCAAGAGUUGGACAUUGGGAGUUUACUACUCUUCAUCCUACCGUCGGCACAAUAUCGCUUGGAAUUGAUAAACCAAAGUUUACUGUUGCAGAUAUCCCCGGAAUUAUCAAGGAUGCCUCUCAAGACAAAGGGAUGGGACUCGAGUUUUUGAGACAUAUCGAACGUUCGAAAGGUUGGGUUUUCGUGAUCAGUCUAGAGAAAGAAGAACCGUUAGAGGAUCUAUUCACGUUAAUGAACGAAGUAGGUGGCGAAGAAGCACUGGCUACUAAGAACAUUCUUGUUGUGUGCAACAAGGCAGACAUUGACGAAAAGUCCACAUUCACCAAGUAUCAAACAGUUCUAACUUUCUGCCAGAAAAACAACUGGGAAGUCAUUCCAAUAAGUGCCCUAAAAGGUGAAAAUAUCGAUGCUCUCCUGGUAAAGAUGGCCCAAUGUGCUGGUAAAGCAUAG